CCCACAUACUCAAUUGCAGCCCAAUUUUUCUUUUUUCUCUCUCCUCCUCCUUCUACCACCCAACUGGGUAGUUGGUAGUUGAUUUCUUGUUUACCCAUGUUCUCUAAUUCUUUUAGAAUCACUAUAUGUUGAAGGGUCUGUAUUGAAGAGAAGGAGUAGUUGUUUCAUUGGUUCAAAAUGUUUUGCAGAAAGAAUUCAACAAGAAGUCAGAGAGGAUCGGUGCCAGUGCACCUUAAUGUGUAUGAUCUUACCUCCAUUAAUGGGUAUGCUUACUGGGUUGGCCUUGGUGUCUAUCAUUCUGGUGUUCAAGUUCAUGGGGUGGAGUAUGCUUUUGGAGCUCAUGAGUACCCAACGACGGGGAUUUUCGAAGCAGAACCGAAACAUUGCGAUGGGUUUACGUUUCGGAAGGCGAUUUUGAUCGGAUGGACGGAGAUGACUCCUGGGGAGGUGAGAGAAGUGAUGGAGAAGCUUGCAGAAAAGUACAAAGGAAAUGCAUAUAAUCUCAUUACAAAGAACUGCAAUCACUUCUGCAAUGAUGCUUGUGUUAGACUCACUGGCAAUCCAAUCCCAAGUUGGGUUAAUAGACUCGCCAGAAUUGGUUUAUUCUGCAACUGUAUCAUCCCAGCAAGCUUAAGUUCAACUAAACUUCAGCACCAUAGAAUUGAAGAUAAGGUCUGUGAAGGAGAUAAGAAGAAACUCAGAAGCCGAUCAAAUAGACACAACACUUCAUCUUCCAAUUCAUCGUCUUCCUCGGCGUCUUCUCCUCCGAUCACCACCACGAGUAGUAGAAGCAGAAGCUCACCACCACAUCCAUCUUCACCUUUGAUUCAUGGUUCUUCUUCUUCAGCCUAG